AUGCUCCCUGCAGCAGCAGCAGCAGCAGCAGCAGCAGCAGCAACAGCAGCUGCAGCAAUAGUAGCAGCACCUGCAGCUGCUGGCGCUGCUGUAUUCGCGGCAGCAGCGGUAGCCGCAGCAGCAGCAUCCGAAGCAGCAGCAGCAGCAGAAACUCCAGAGACAGCAGCAGCAGCAGAAACUCCAGAGACAGCAGCAGCAGCAGAAACUCCAGAGACAGCAGCAGCAGCAGCAUUCGAAGCAGCAGCAGCAGCAGCAACACCAGAGGCAGCAGCAGCAGCAACACCAGAGGCAGCAGCAGCAGCAGCAGCACAACUGUAG